AGCAGCUGAGUCCAUACAUCAAACCUGCCAUGAGAAGUAGUUAAUAUUAAUCAUCUCUCAAUAAAAUUCCAUUAGCUUAGAGGGUCUUCCCCUACUACCAGGCUACUACUACCGCUUCCUCCAGCGUCUCACAAAGAAUAACGCCAUUAAUUAGGAGCUAGAUAGCUCGGUGGUUAGGUAGCUAAUUAAGCUAGGUUGUUCCACCAUCAUCCCUGACCUCCCCACACGAACUCGACCGAGCAGAAUCUAGCUGCUGCGAGCUGCCGGCCGGCAAUGGGGCACCAGCACCAGAUGUUCGGAGACCCGUUCGCGAGCAGCAUAUCGUCGCUGGAGGCCGACAUCUUCUCCGUCGCCGCCGGCCACCACCAUCCGCAGUGGCCGGGCCUCGACCACGACGUCCCGUUGGCGCCGGCUGCCAACAACGGCACAUCCUCCGGCGGCUAUGGCUCUCCCGGUGGCGGUGACGGCUCGGGCUCCCACCGCAAGAUCAGCCACAACGCGUACGAGCGCGACCGCCGCAAGCAGCUCAACGAGCUCUACUCCGACCUCCGCUCCCUCCUCCCCGACACCGAUCACACGAAGAAGCUGAGCAUUCCGAUCACGGUGUCGCGGGUGCUAAAGUACAUCCCGGAGCUGCAGAAGCAGGUGGACGGCCUGGAGAAGAAGAAGGAGGAGCUGACGCGGGCCAGCUGCAAGCCCGGCGUGCUGACCAUGAAGGAGAACACGGCUCCGAUCGUGUCCGCCACCUGCCUCGACGACAGGGAAAUCAUGGUCCAGGUCAGCCUAGUGAGCACCAUGGCCGGAGUUCUGCCCAUGUCCAAGUGCAUCAAAGUACUGGAGAACGAAGGCCUUCGCCUCAUCAGCUCGUCGACUUCCGCGUUUCAGAACAGGACGUUCUAUAGCCUCCAUCUUCAGAGAACCCAACGGACGAUGAGCAAGGAGUGUCCGGCAUUUUGUGAAGAACUGGAGAACGCCCUGACGCAAAAGGCAGGACUACGCCUACAUCACCACCAGUAGAUUAUAUGUAGCAUAAGAAUGGUGUAUAUAUAUUGUCGUGUUUAACCACCAUGAAUCAAAAUACAUGCAUGCCAUAGAUAUAGGGCAAAUACCCAAGAUAAAUAGUAUUGCUGAUAUGCAUGCAUGAUAUAUAGUACCUAUAAUGCAGCGUGUUUCAUAUAUAUAGUAA